GCAAAUUUGAGUGCUUACGAAACUGACUUUUUUAGUAGGAAAAUCAGUUUUUGUGGAGCGGAUAGAACAGCUGACUUUAUCGAAGGUGUUACGAAUGUAUCACUCCCCGAUUUCCACUGAUUCAAUUUCAAAAUUUUAAAUCUGAACAAGCGUCGGUUGAUUUUGCAACAACCCGAGGGCUUAUUUCAUCACAGCCUUUGUCUUAAGAAAGAGCUUGUAUUUAUUCAACACUAGAAGAGGAAGCCAUUACUGCGAGCUGGAUAAGGACGAAAYUCAUGGAUUCAUGCGAAGCAACAUUGGACUCAGCAAAAUAAUUACAAAAUAAGAUCCGCCAUCCAGAUGAAUAAUACUUCAACCGGCAUUACCACCGAAGAGGUGUGUUGGGCAGCGGUCUUCUCCAUCAUAACAUGCGCAAUCGUAGUUUCCAAUGUACUAACACUGACGGUCUUUAUAAAAACAAGACUACAGCGAGUGCGCAAGCGCACCCACUACCUCCUCAUAAGCCUGACAUGCGCAGACCUGGUAGUGGGAUGCUUUUCCUGUCCAUUAUUUACAUGGGACUUGUUACAUCCWUCGCAUCAUCGGGGUAGUCCUGUUCAUCUUGCUACUCAUGAAGUUAUAGAUAUCGUGUCUGGAUUUGCGUCUAUAUUAACCCUAGCGGUUAUCGCUAUUGAAAGGCUUAUCGCCGUACGUUGGCCUUUGAAGCAUCGCUCAGCGAAAAGAUCAUUUUAUAUCGUUUUGGUUAUAGCACCGUGGKUACUAGCGGUCUUAAUAGGCCUACUCUAUAUUCUUGGAUUCGCCCUUAAGAUWGUUCCAAAGUACACCCUAUCAAUAACCGCUGUUGUUAGCAUUACGUCAGCAUUAAUUACCAUAGCUGUCAGUUAUGAGCUUGUGAGGAARCGAGUUCAAAGGAGAAACUGGCGGCCGCAGGUUCCAAACAUGGACAGAGAGAGGAAACUUACCCACACCUUAAUGACAAUUACUUUCGUUUCCUUACUAACAUGGYUGCCAUUUGAAGUGCUGUUAAUUGUUAUCCACUUCUGUACCAARUGUUGGGCWCCAUUUCAUAACGAUUACGCGGCUGUGACAUUCAUUUUCAAGCUGUUACAAUUCAGCAAUUCUUUCCUCAACACGCUUUUCUACACGCUUAGAAUWCCCGARUACAAGAAAGCACUGUGUAAGUUAUUGAAACGUCCUUGUCAAAAAGAAAUGGCUCUGCCAAACGAGAAGGGAAACAGUGCUAAACUAAUGUCCUAUAAAAGGUAUCUAAAAUCGCCUCUGUUACAAAGAAAAAAUGAUAGCUGCACGAUGAUGACGCUGGACAGUGCUAUACGACUCGCAGGCGCAGUGGGAACUGAUAUAGUCACGCAUCCUUAUUAUUCACCUUUAUUGUCACGGGGUUGCGACGCCUUUGGAAUUACUGAGAAUAUUACUGUACAAUAAUAGCUGGGCUGCCUGAUGCAUAAGUCUGGAUGGUACAGGAAAAAAUGUACAGAUGAAGCAAGAAAACACGGGUUAUUAAUUCUAUGGUACUUAAUUUGAAAUCAAACUAACGACAUUCUAAAAUCGUAUCCCUAGAACACUAUUAAAGGCCCAGUGCACCAUUAUGCUUUGUGGGCCGCGAGGGCCUGGAGGUGGUCAUUUUCAGUUUACCGAAAGUCUAUA